AAACCAAAAAAGAGAUCAAAGAGUGUGAGAAAGAUGAUGAAGUUGAGGUCAAAGAGGUUUUCAAGAAGCAGCUCCAAGCUUGGCAACAAAGGAACAGCAUCAUCCCCAGAAAAGGAUGCCAAAAACAACGGUGAAAUCAAGUGGGAACUUAGGCCUGGUGGCAUGCUUGUUCAGAAGAGGGAGAGUAAUAAUAACCAAAGUUCUGGAGAGGGAGUCAUUGCUGUUAGAGUCUCCACUGUCUCACAAUGGCAUGACAUUUCCAUUGAUGCCACUUCAACUUUUGGGGAACUAAAACUGAUUUUGUCACUGGUGACAAAUUUGGAUCCCAGAGAGCAGAGGCUUCUGUUCAAGGGCAAGGAGAGGGAGGACAGUGAAUUCCUUCACAUGGUUGGGGUGAGAGACAAGGACAAGGUCCUAAUGCUUGAGGAUCCUGCAACAAAGGAGAUGAAGCUUCUUGGCAUGGCAAGAGGCCAACCCAUUAACAAUACUUGCUGUACCAUCGCUGUAUGAACACCCUUUGAUUUCAUCAAACUUCUUGUUAAUUAGCACUAACCAGAAAAGAAAAAAAAAACAAAAAGUGAAGUAAAGUUUAAUGUAAUGAUAUGGUCUUUCUUCACUUUUGUUUGUCUUAGAAUAGAAACUUAAUUAUGUACUUAUCUGUUGGGUAGAACCUCCCUUCAUUUAAAAAUGUACAACAUGAUGCAAUGCCAUGUCAUUUUGCAGAGGUUUCUCUUGUAAUUCAAGUAUCCAUUCUCUC